UGAGGCUGCCUCGGCCCUCCCCGUCUCCAGGUAUAUAAAGUGGGGAGCGUACCCGCAGACGGCUAAUGCGCACGGAGAGCAGCUCCCGCCCUCCCCGGUACAGACGGACGUCGAGGCGACGAUGAGACUCCCGCUGGCUUUCGCUGUGCUCCUCCUGGCCUCGGCGCGGGCGCUGGCCGAGGAGAUGGGCGCCUCCGACGACCUCAGCUACUGGUCCGACUGGUCCGACGGCGACCAGGCGAAGGAGGAGCUGCCGCUGCCGCUGGAGCACUUCCUUCAGAGGAUGGCCCGGAGACCCCGGCCCCAGCAGUUCUUCGGCCUCAUGGGCAAGCGGGAUGCUGGAUAUGGCCAGAUCUCUCAUAAAAGGCAUAAAACAGACUCCUUUGUUGGACUUAUGGGCAAAAGAUCUUUAAAUUCUGGGUCCUCUGAAAGGAGCAUAGCACAGAAUUAUGAACGGAGGCGUAAAUGAGACAUCCCCAUGUAUUAUUUAUUAAACUUCAUUUGUUCUAAUGGCCAAUGCAGUGUAACAUAAACUAACCACUGCAUGGAAUAAUUAUUUAUUUAAUAAUAACUGAUGGGUUGUUUUCUGUUUUGUUUUGGUUUUUUUUUGAGUUGUACAUUCAAUAAAAUGAUUAUUUUUCACAUUGUGGCAGUGACACAUGUUGUGUAGGUGAGUUGUGGUUCCAAAAGAGCCGGCAGCCCUGGUGAUGUCUCACAACAAAGCACAUCAUUUGAUAUGACCCGUGAAGUUAUGUUCACUAAACGAAGAAAAUAUUCUUUUGUUCAUUGAAAGCAAAUCUUAUCAGCUUCACAGCCAGUGCAGAACAGAGCUGAUGUACAGUCUAGUGCCUCAAUUUGUUUUCAUGGUUUAUAAUGUACUGUAAUUUCCAUAUCAAAAAAUAUAUUUGUAUCACUGCAGCAUGCUUUAUGUUUGUGACUACGUAUCUAUAUUUUAAAAAGGGGGUGGGUAAGGUCAAAUGGGAAUCCAAGGUCUUCAUUUCAUAGUCUGGAAUUUUAUGAUAGUAACAUUUUAAAUAAAAACUACUCUGGGGCUUUUGCAACAUA